AUAAAUUAUUGAAAAUAUAUUCAAACAAUCAAAACAAUUUCACUUCAGUUCAUUUGUCUGUUAAUCCAUUCUUUGAAGCACAGUACCUUUUCUUAAUUAACAAACCUUUUCGAGUGUAAAAAUGAACCGACCGGCUCCAGUGGAGAUCUCUUAUGACUGUCUGAGGUUCCUCAUUACACACAACCCCACCAACGCACAACUGGGAAGGUUUAUAGAGGAUCUGAAGGCAUAUGGAGUAAACACACUUGUAAGAGUGUGUGCUGCUACAUAUGACAAGACGCCAGUGGAACAAGAAGGCAUACAAGUGCUGGAUUGGCCAUUUGAUGAUGGCUCCGCCCCCCCAGACCAGGUGGUUGACGAUUGGCUGUCCCUGCUCCAGACGAAGUUUAGAGAAGAGCCUGGCAGCUGUGUGGCUGUGCACUGUGUCGCUGGACUCGGACGAGCUCCUGUGUUGGUGGCCCUGGCUUUAAUUGAGUGUGGGAUGGAAUAUGAAGAUGCUGUUCACUUCAUAAGACUGAAGCGCCGUGGAGCGUUCAACUCCAAGCAGCUGCUCUACCUGGAAAACUACAAAACUAAAUUGUGUCUGCGCUCCAAAGAUGCCAACGGACAGAGCUGCUGCAUACAGUAGGAAUCUACGACCCCCCGUACAUCUUCACUGCAGCUUCACAGGAGACUUUCAUCUUCUAAAGUUAAAAGGAAUUUUGGUAACAUUAAAGCAAAUGGAAAUUAUUCAAAACACCUCAUGUAUUUCCAAAUAUUAAAGGACCUCACGUCAAGGUUCAUAGUCUGAUUUUACACAAAAAAAAAUUGAAGUGUUACAGGUUUUAUUUCUGCUCCUUGGUCUGUAACCUCACCUUGAUAUGUAGCAAACACACUUAGCCCAUAAAAAGGAAAUCCCCCAGGUAAACAAUUCAUUUUAACUGUCAAAAUCACUGUGAGAUCAAACGUUCAACACAUUUAUUUCAAAGUUUACUCUUAGUUCACCGUUACAGGUGCAGUUACGCUAAAUGUUAACCGACGUGUCCUGAGUUAAGACUUUGACGUCAGGAUGAGACAUUUCUGUGUCUGACAGUUGAUUCAUUCUUGUGAUGUUGAACUGGUCUGCAACUUUGUGCUUGUUCUAAGCCACAACACGACAAAUGCUGAAUAAAUAAAUAAAUAAAUAAAUAGUUGUCAGUAUGUGCUUUCCGGAGGCUGGUUUGUUUAUUCCAGUCUUUCCUCACUGACCAAAUCAAUGUCCUGCAGCCAGAACAUGGCGCAGAUGAUAAAGAAAGUUAGAAAACUUAUAAUAUUUAAGAAAUUUGCUUAAAGAAGUUUAAAAAGAUUUUUAAAAACACACUCUUAGUUUGAUUCAAGUGUUACGUUACAUUUGUUGUGUAUUAAACAACAUUAAAAUCUACCUUACCUACUCUAUGUCCCAAGUCAAGAGUCAUAGGCGCACAGUCUGCUUGUCUAGAACAAACUUGUGUUGGCUGUAAAUGUUUGACACUGUCUUUCAUAAUGUCACCAAGGCAAAAGGUUAGUUCGUGAAUGUAUUCAUAAAUGAACACAGUUUUGGGUAGGUUGUCCUGUUAGCUGUGAAGUGUAAAAGAACAAAUAAAAUCAAUGAUUUGCCUCAUUACGUGUACAUUCAGACAGGAUCUGGCGCUGUGGUGAAUACGCAUGUGUUUUCCUAUUCAAACUCCCCCAGAGUCAGCCUGAAAUGUCAAUGAAACUGAAUCUAUCAAGGUGGAGUCAUGGAAUAACCUCUGGUACUCCACCUCUUGUGUUCUGGAUUUGUUUAUUCCUUGCACCAGCUUCUAAAUCUGUGCCUGGCAAAGUUUCCUUUGGUUUGCAUCCAGUAGUUUGAGAGAGGAAAAAGAGAGCAUGGUUGAGAGACGUAGACAGUGAGUGAGAGUGAGCAAGCGGCAUAAUCAAUAAAGCUGGUUAAUCAACAACAAAACAAAAAAUGUUCCUGAUUGUUUCACAGCGAUUACGUUCCGCACAAAUAGACUGCCGAACAACCCUGCAGUGACUUGCUCAUCCUGUCUGAAUUUACCCUAAUACAUCAGCUCUAGUGCUCUGUACCCCCACCUCAGCAUACACACUGUUGAGCAACAGUGUAUGAUGAGUGGCAGCACAAACUAUGUGAUAUUAGCCUUCUCACAAACAAUUUAUGCUGGUAGUUGUGUGAUAGUAGGUCUGUUGAGUCAUAGUAGGCUCCAUGCAAACACAUGAGCCCAUACUAUUUAAGAUGAUAAGAGUGAGCAUUUAGUGAUACAAACACGUCCACCAUGCUUGUGCCAGUUAAAUUUACUAACAGGACAAUCUCUUGAACGCUGUCUGUAUUCGUAUUACAACCCCCGCGGAAAAGCACUGUGGAGCCAACAUGGCUGCCGCUGAAACCUUAGUGGCUGUAGUUUCCCGUCUAUCUCCGGCUCUGUACUUACCUAGCUGUCUGGUCAGCUGCUGUGUUCGUAAGAUGCUGUCUUUGUGAUGUUUCUCCCCCAUUUUUCUAUAGGUUUUAUUUUAAUGUUUUUUUUUCCCCUGUACAUUUUUAUCUAUUUGUACUUGUUAAUUAUUUAUUGAUUCCACAGUGUUUUUUUGUGAAAUGUCUGUCUGCUUGAAAACAAUCUAUUAGUCUUCUUAGAAAAUUAAAGUGUUUAGUACUGUAA